AAAACCCUGGAAUCCUUUUCUAAGGAGAACAAGGAGCUCCAGGCCCAGGUCACCCAACUCAUGGCCGAAUUGGACGAGAGGAUGCUGCCCAGGGCCCAAGGGGAUGGAGUGGAAGCGGCCAAGUUUGUGGACUCGAGGACUUCUCAGCUCAGCAUCCCUGAGGACUUUGAGAGCAAAGAAGAAAUGACCUGCGAGAAGUGAGCCUGGUGGACGGACCCGAACCGGACGCCGUCGUUUCACAAUCCCACCCGCUCCACAGCGACCCCCAGGGCCCCCUGCCUGCUCCUCGGGACCCCACGGCCCAGCAGAUCCUGCGGCUCCUCCGUGAAAUACAAAACCCGCAGAAUCGGGUGGGGCCCCUCUCAGAAACGCCGUGCAUCCCGUUUUUCUAUCGGGUGGACGAAAACGACGAAGUGAAGCUUCUGGUGGUUUAAACUGGAAAGGGACCCUUGAGAGCUCCUGCGGGGGGCCAGGUGGGGGGUGGUGGUCGGGCUGGCUCGAGGGCACGCGCUGGGGGGGGGCAAGCUUUUGUGCGCUGGCUGCGAAUCACACCGUCGUCCAAUGAAGCUCAGAAUUUUACGCCACCCGACCGCCUGUUGCUUCCUCCCAUUCAGGUCUUGUGGAUUUAAUUCUCUCUACUAAACCCUCCUUUGGUUAUUUCAGCUUUCGUUAGGUCAGGUUUUAUGCCCUUCUUCCAAAAUCUUCCUUUCCUCUUUUAACUUGCAUGGCCCCCAAUCCCACAAAUCCCACCCCCUCCAUCCUUUCCUUUCAAAGAGUUAGCCAGCUGCCUUUCUAGCAAAACGCCGCCUCUUUCCUCCGCCGCCCCCCCCAAAUUCUUUUGUUCCGUUACAACGUUUGGAAGGGCAAACGGUUUUCCAGGGAAGGGGAUAAAAAGCUGCAAUGUAAUUUUUUAGAAAAACUGGACGUACGUUUGCAUUGAAGAGACGGAAAGGUUUUACUUAUUCUUCGGAGAUGCGGAAGGGGAGGUCAGAAAAAGGAACCAGGCUUGUUGGGUUGGGGGGCGGGACGAGAGUCGAUUCCAUCUCUCGCACACGGAAUCUCUUUCUCCCGGGGUCAAGCCAAACUUAUUUCAACCGUCUUAAGAUUAUUUUGCAAUGCAUUUUGAUGGUUGAUGGUUUCUCUCCUUUCUGCCUCUGAGCCCCUCCCGCACGGGGAGAUUGACGGAAGAAUUCCCUUGAUUGUGAGAGUGUGAAGCAGUGUACUGGUUGGUUUGAAGUUGGUGGUGACUUGGUGUGUUAACAAAAAAAGAGGGAGAUUGGUCCAGCUUUCUUAGUUUUUAGCUCCCGGGAAUAGAGAGACCGGCGAAGUUGCGUUUUUGCACAAGUUUUCCUCCUGGGACAGCUUGCUAGCAAAGCACGGAGGGAAGUUCGAAAAGCAAAAGAAGCUUCCGCUACAAUUUUCUAGCAAAAACCGCGCGUCGACUACCCCACCUUCUUUCCAAGUUGUAAGGCAGAAGGAACUGGAUCGCAGGAAAACGACAACGCCCACAAAACGGGGACAGUCGCAACAUCAGUGUUACUCGUUCCCUCGUUGCGUUAGGUCAGGAGGCGGGCGAAAAUGGGCUCGCGGGCCGCUUGUUGGCACAAGUGUACAUAUUGUAUCUGUAAUAUUUUGUACAUAACCUUGAAUAAUAGUAAUAAUAAUAAUAAAAAGAGAGAGAAUAAAGCCCACGGACAGCCUUUUCCUGGCUGGCGGAAGGCUACCCUUGUCACCUUGUAUGAUAUUUGAAGAAGAAAAAUAAAUGAAAAUAACUUUAGUGGAGGCGGGAGGGGCAAAGCAGGACAGGAAUGUGAUUUACUGUAGAAUAUUAUUCCAUAUUUAUUAGGUGUGGGGUUUCCAGGGGAAACGCGUGAAGCAAAGCAAAGGAACUCUUGCAAUCUGUUGCCAAGACAAAUUUAUAUCCUGUUAUAAAAGAUUUGGUCUUUCUGAAUAAAUCUGUUUCACUUCA